AUGAAGACCUCCAGAACUAGUACAGCUGGUAUGAAAAGUGAUCGGAUUGAUGAAACAUCUUGUGGAGUGUAUUGUCAACAUCCAGCUUGUUGGCAGUCCAAUCAGAGACGAGAGAAAGGAUUCCCAUUCCAGAAUGAUAAACCUACUGUUGUUCAAAGUAGAACAGAGGAGGAUGGAUGUAAGUUUAACUUCUUUUUAAUGACUAAAUGGGCUAAUGAAGACGGGCAACGCCAUGCAGGAAAAGUGGCUCUAACACCACUGUUGACACCAGAGUCAGUGGUGAAACCACCAGAAAAGAAACCACCACCUAAAGUUAAGGUUCUGGAAGUUCAAGAGCUGUUUGAUUUAGAAGACCUAGAGAGUCGUUGGGAUGAAACGUUUCUAACUAAACAAUGCUAUGUCUGGGUUCCUAACCCUAAUAAGAAGAAGACUGAAAAAGAAGAGAGACUAGCGAUCACUGCCUCUGAAAAGUCUGGAAUUAUUCCUGCUAAAGAUGUAACUGAAGAAUUAGUUCCAGAAAAAAUCGAAAUUGAAAGAGAAGAAACCAAACUAUUGAAGAGACUAACAAGAAGCAGAUCACCUUAUGGUAGAGGAAGACCUUCAGUUAGAUCAUCUUAUCCACAGAGGGUUCCUUUUGAUUCUGAGGGUUUGAACAAUUUAUUAAGUUUACCAAGUGAUAUUUUAAUGGAGGUUUUGGAGCAUUUAAAGGAGAGUGAUUUUAUGUCUGGUGAAAGAAUCAAUGAUGUCAUUCAAGACUUUCAGCCGCCAUUGGUUCGAGAUUUUACAGGAAUGUCCAUUGGAACUGCUGAAGCACUGAAGCAGAAGAAAAUGGCGUUACUGAGAGACAAAAAGAGGAAUAUUCGAGAAUCCCAUUUAAUGGACACACGGCCUGUAUUUCAAUUGGAUGAUGGUUUUGUAUUGGAUCAAGUUACUUGUGUAAAUACACCGGCCAUGGAGUUUGAAAGUGAUAAAGGUCCCUCUCCUAACUUCUCUGUCCAUGGUUUAUCAAAAUACAAGAAACCUCUUCCAGCAAUAAAAAGAAUCAGAAGCCAGAAUAAGUAUCAUAAGAGUAAGAUAGCGUCAGUGUCUCUUGGACUUCCAGAAUUACCUUCAGGCAUCAAACAUACCAAACCUUUUACUUAUAAAAAAACAGACAUCGUCGAUCUCAGUAUAGGUCCUAUGCCAACUCCACCCACCAGUGUUAGAAGUUCUUCAGUAGGCGCAUCAGAGCAUGGUACCACUUUAAGUGUUAAUAUGGACUCUCCUGUUGAAAAUACAUCAAGCAAGAAGGAAAUUUCUGUAAGGUUUCCUGAGAUGCCAGCAUCACCAGAUUUGGUUACUGGUUGUAGAAUGCCAGAACAGUCAGCUUCCAAUGAUCAACUGAAACACAAUGGCAUGAGUGAACAUGAUCUUUUAUCAAACCAAAGAACAACUGUGCCUGUUAAUUCCCCAACUAACUCGGAUUGUGAUCUUGGAACAAUUCCUGAAAAAUCUGCCAGAGAUAACAUGGCAGCAUCUGUCCAGGAUGAUACUGAGAGGAACUUAAUGAGCAAAUCUGAAGUUGUGGACACUGCUGCCACAGAGAAUGCUAGUACAUAUCCAGAAAUCACUGCUAGAGGACUAGAAUCUUCAGCCAAGACUCAUUUUGUAGAGGAUUCGAAUGUGGUCAAUUCCACCUAUUCCAGUCCAGAUCCAUGGCCUCAGGUCACCGAAGCAGUUUGCACUCCCGAUCAGAAACCUCCAAUUACCAUUC